AUGAAUAUCGACGACGUUUCUAACAUCCCACAGUACAUGGCAAUGCUGAAACAGCAAAAGGCCAAUAUCAAAAGAGCCCAAGGCUUGAAAGGCCAGAAGGCAACACCCAGCAAGUCAAGGAACGAAAUCCUCGCUCAGUUUACGCUUCGAAGAAUGAUGAGUAGUGGACCAAGUCCGGCAGACAAGAUGAACAUUCGAUCGUCGUUCCUACCACCUGCUUAUGCACCAUCGACUAUUCUUCUCGCUCGAUUGAGUAAGAUCAUGUUUCGAGAUCUUUGUCUGGAAACCCACCAUCGGGGACGAUACAUUCUUGUGAGAACAGUCACCCCAACUGACGUGAUGACUGCUGUGAUGGCGAUUGUCGAGGAUGAGGAUGAGAGAGUCUUGAUGAUACAGAUCUACAACCAAGGGGAAGAAUUUUCGAAGUUUCUGGAUCUCCCCGAGGGGGGUUGUGCUAGUGACAUUAUCCUUGUUCCUGGCUUCGAUGAGCGUAUCCCACUCUCCUGGAGAGCCCGGAUUAUAUCUGUCGAAGAAGGCUUGCCUGCUUUCUGGAAGGAACGAGGGAAUAAAUUCUUUGAGGAAAGCCGUUAUCAUUUUGCGAUUCAGUGCUAUACUAAGGCGCUAGAAUGCAAAUUGCCUCCCUCGCCUGAUCUCGCGAUCGCGACUCAGCUCAACCGUGCCCUUUGUGGCCUCAGAGCACGUCAAUUUGACGCGGCCCUUCUCGAUGCAGAUGCGGUGCUACAGAGAUCCGAGAUGUCUGAAAAGGCACUUUUCCGAAAAGCUCAAGCCUUAUACUGCCUUCGGAAGUUUCGAGAAUCCUGCGAAACACACAAGGUGCUGGGUAGGAACUAUCCAGAAAACUUGACAGCUCAGCACGAAUAUCAACGUGCAUCUGCCCGUCUUGCCGAAGAAGAUACUGGGGAAUACGAAUUCAAGAGAAUGAUUCUGGAAGCUAAGAAACGCCGCCCACCACAUCUCGAGCGUGGUACAUACUUUGGUCCGGUUACAAUCAAGUCUACCGAGUCUCAUGGACGGGGACUUUUUACAGCAGAAGCAGUGAAAGCCGGGGAUCUUUUACUCUGCGAAAAGGCAUUCGCUUAUGCCUUUCAUGACGAAAAGGGGUCGGGUGACCUGACGCUGCUCAUGAGUUCUGAUACCAAUCAGAUGAUACUUGGCACUCAAGGCCAACUCAUUGGGAUGAUUGCGCAAAAGCUCUACAGAAAUCCUUCUAUGUUAUCCAGGUUCAUUGACCUCCACCAUGGCACCCAUGAUUCCUUCGAUAUCCGCGUAGAUGGUCAAGUCGUCGUCGACACAUUUCUUAUUCAAAAGACAAUCAGUCUAAAUGGUUUUGGCUGUCCUCUUCUGUCGCGUCAAAGCCAUAUAAAAUCAAGUAUUUCGGAUGAUAUAGCGAAAGACGAAAACAAGAAGUUUCACUCAUCUGGUAUGUGGUGCAUGGCAUCAUACAUUAAUCACUCAUGUCUGAGCAACACUCGCCGCUCAUUCAUCGGGGAUAUGAUGAUUGUCCGCGCAAGCAGGGAUAUCGCCAAAGACACGGAGAUUACCUUCUGGUACCAAUCACCCAUCGGAAAUCAAGAUGAAAAACUGUCAGACCUCCAGAAUUGGGGUUUCAAGUGUGAUUGUGCAAUUUGUGACAGCAUUCGAGGUCUGAGUAAGACCGUACUAUCCACCCGAAAAAGACUUUCCGCUGAACUAGAAAAACUGUUCAAUUCAAAAAAAUUGAAACAGGCCCAAAUUGAGAGUACCCUUGCCAGUAUUGAACAAACAUACUCUCUGCCACCGUCCGAAGUCCCUUAUCUCGCGCUUUGGUCAGGUUAUCUGUCUCUCGCUGCCAUAUCUCUCACAUCCCAUCAAUUUGAAAAGGCUAUCAAAUUCGGACUGAAAUGUCUAGAGUCGCUUGGCUAUGUGAUUGAGGGUGCAAGUAGGACAGAUACCCAAGUAAAGGUCAUCAAGUGGGGGUUGAUGACCGAUGGUGUAGUUGGGUGCUGGAUGAUUCUCAGUCGCGCGUUCUGUGAAUUUGCGCCUAGCCUGAAGGUCUAUGCAGAAGAAUAUGCCAAAAUCAGUUACAGGAUUUGUGUGGGGGAAGAUGAAACAUUUGCGACAUAG